AAUUUUUGGCGGUGACCAGUCGCAUUUCGGACGAUGCCGGAAGCGGUUGUGCCGUGUUGUUGGUCACGCCUGUCACUGCUGCUGCUGUUCGCUACUGCUGGCUGUGAUUCUGGUGUGGAUUUAAUUGCCCGGGCGUCUCAUAGUUUCGCGGCGGACGCCAUUAUUCGCCAACGUUUGAUUGCUCUUGAGCAGCGGUUUGUGGCGGUGGUAAACGAUCCUUGCGCCGAGCGUGGACUGCUGAUCGUGUUCUUGCAAUUGGGUAGCUCGGUGGAUGAGGAUGAGGAUAGCCUUGCGCUGGUGGUAGAGACAUUCACGCGUGAAAAGCUUACCGAGCGGAUAGUGUUUAGAGUUGAGAAGGAGGAGGACGCGGCGGACAUGUUGACCACCAUCAACCGGGUGACGGGUAACGAUUCUAGCUGUAUCGUGGUGAUUAUGAUGCUACCAGAUCUAGCGAUUUCGGAAUUCUUCAUGAUGACCGCUCGAGCAUUCCCAUUGGCACUUAAAUUGAUUCUUCUCGCUGAUGAAGCGCCCUCUGGCGAGUGUCCAGGUGAGGAGGACCUCUCCAGCGCAAGGUCUCUGCUUACCGUACUCUGGCGAACGGAGCAGAUAAUUAGGGCCGUAAUGAUUUGGUAUCGUUGCUCGAUUGCGCUGACGAUCGGAUUGUUGGAUCUCUUCAAGAUGGAAGCAUCAGAAACUUCCAACGAUUCUUGGGGCACCUUCUACACGCUAACCGAUCUAAAUCAACCUCUACCAACCGAUCUGGAUCGUUUCGGACGCUCUAUAAACCUUCAGCAAAUGCCGCUCGACAUUUACGGGUUUGAGGCAGCGAUGGCUUACCGACGGAAGGACAUCGACAUGAUGCCAACCACCUUCCCAACGCUUCGUCCCGGUGCCAUCAACUCGUCGACCGAGCUGCUUGACGGUGUGUUCGGGGCAGAUGUGGAAGCAUUACGCGAGCUAACCUCCCGGAUGAACUUCACACCAAGAGUGCACCACACGCGGGCAAACUUCGGUUUCAAGAUGGCGAACGGGACGUUUACCGGUGUGCUGGGACGGCUGAUGUCACGCGAAUCCUGGCUCUCGAUGAACGUGUACUUCUUGAAGGAUUACGAAACGCGUGAACUGCAGUUUAGUGCGGGAAUUUAUCAGGACAGCUUGUGCGUUUUCGUCCAGGCGGCUGGUAUGCUUCCCGACUGGUUGCUCAUUUUUCGCUGCUUUACACCGACGCUGUGGAUCAUCGUUUGGAGUACGGUCGUGCUGGUGAGCUUGUGCUACCUUGCCCUGGCACAGUUCAUUGCCAUCUACCGACCGGUCAACUCAUCCCACGUGAGUGCGUGUCGGGCGGGAAAAAUGCGGCGCCUCUCACCAGUUCGCGCGCCGCACCGUCCUGAGCCGGAUCGGAUCGGGUUGGUGGGCCAGAUUGUUGGAGCACUGCUGACAGCACCGACGAACGGUUUCAAUCGCACGACCGCACACCAAAAGCUGUUCGUGGCGUUCGGCUUAAUCUGGGGACUCACGAUAACGGGCGCGUUCCAGGGUUCGCUGGUCGAUGUUUACACCACGCCUACCUCGAUGAAAAACUUGGACACGCUGGCCGAGCUGGACGCGAGCGGUCUGACGAUCACCGUCACCGCACCGGCCCUCAUCGUGGACGUGUUCGGGACGGAACGGCCGGGCAGCACGAUCGGUAACCUGAAGCAGCGGCUCGUCAUCGAGCACAAUCCGGGCCGGGCGGCAGCGUACGGUGUGCUGGAGGGUACCACCGCCGGUCUCAUCCGGAACCAGGACUUUGGGCGACUGUCCACCAAGUAUCUGAGCGCGAACGGUAACGCCCGGUUGCAUCGGUUGCGCGAGUGUCCUCGCAGCUACACGCUCGCCUAUCUCUACCCGCGCGGAUCACCGCUGUAUCGGGCCGCGAACGACCACAUACUACACUUCUUGCAGCACGGACUGUACGCGAAGUGGCAGCGUGAUGCCGCCCACAUCCUUGCCAUGAACCGGGCGCUCAAGGUGCACGCUCGCCACGUUCGCAGCGGUCAGCAGGGCGCAGGUGAGCAGGUAACGCUUCGGCUGGAUCACUUGCUGCUACCGUUUAUGCUGCUAGGUGCUGGGUUUGGUUUGGCGGUGGUAAGCUUUCUCCGGGAACGAUAUAGUCGCGCUCGCCGGAUCGUGAUGCUAACCCGCGGAGGUUAACACAGUGGUGAUCGGGCUAUU